AUGUGGUUACGCAGAAAAAUCGGUCACAUGGUAUUAACUCGUUUCGCGUUAAAAUCUAGAACUUUAGUUGAAAUCAAAUCUUUGAGACUAGAAAAUCAUAGUUCUGUGUCAUUUCAUAUCACACCGUUUCCUGCCUUUAAAAUGCCGAAACAAGCUAAAGUCAGUAAUUUUUUCAAACGAGAGCUAAACGAAUCUAUUUCUUCAAAAAAUGGAAAAAAAGAGACAAAGAAAAAACGUAUCAUCGUUGCUUCCGAUGAAGAAUCAGAUAAUGGAAUUGAUACUAAAAAGAGCAUGAAAGAUGUUGCUGAUUGGCAAAAAGGUGAACCUAUUCCAUACUCAGCGCUAUGUAAAACUUUUGAAGAUAUCGAUUCAACCACAAAACGCCUAGAAAUUCAAGAAUAUUUAACUUCAUUUUUCAAGUGUGUAAUCGAAAAAAGUCCAGAAAAUUUGUUAGAAACCUUAUAUCUCUGUCUAAAUAAGGUUUGCCCUGAAUAUGAAAGCGUGGAGUUAGGUAUUGGAGAAUCUUUGUUGAUAAAGGCAAUUGCUGGAGUAACAGGAAGGUCACCACAAAAGGUCAAAGAUGAGCUAGCAAAAGUAGGGGAUUUGGGAAAAGUCGCCAAGGAUAGUAAAAACAGUCAGAAAAGUAUAUCAAGCAUGUUUGGUAGCGUAGAUAAGCCUUUAACAAUCCCCGGAGUCUUUAAAUCAAUGAAAAAGAUCGCCUCUUUAUCUGGACAUAGUUCGCAAGAUUCUAAGGUAAAAGAAAUCCAAAACUUGCUUAAAUCUUGUAGAGGUGAUGAGGCAAAAUUUUUAAUCAGAUCUCUCGAAGGAAAACUUCGCAUUGGAUUAGCCGAGCAAACGGUUUUGAUUUGUUUGGCACAGGCGUUCGUUAUUACCGAUAAUGAAUACCAAAAACUAACGAAAGCUAAAAAAGCUGAGGAAUUAACGGAAGCACCCAACAUUAUCAAAUCCGUGUAUAGUGAACUUCCAUCAUAUGAUAAGAUUGUUCCCGCUUUAUUGCAAAGUGGUGUUAGAAAUCUAAGGGAACAUUGUAAAUUGACACCUGGUAUUCCACUUAAACCUAUGUUGGCUCAUCCGACAAAAAGUAUUACCGAAGUUCUUAACAGGGUGGAGGGACACAAGUUUACUUGUGAGUUCAAAUAUGAUGGUGAACGUGGACAGAUUCAUAAACUUGAAGAUGGGAACAUUAAGAUUUAUAGCCGCAAUUUAGAAGACAAUACUUUCAAAUAUCCGGAUGUUAUUGAGAGAAUAUCAAAGGCUGUAAACCCUAAUACCAAUUCGUUUGUACUUGAUUGUGAAGUUGUAGCAUGGGAUUUAGAAAAACAUAGCCUUCUUCCUUUUCAAGUUUUGAGUACACGUAAAAGGAAAGAUGUCAUAGAAUCCGAAAUAAAAGUCACAGUAUGUCUAUUUGCAUUUGAUUUGCUGUAUCUGAAUGGAGAGUCGCUUCUUAAGAAACCUCUUAAGGAAAGACGCGAACUUUUGCACGACUCGUUUCAAAAAGUUGAUGACGAAUUUUCCUUUGCGCAACAUAUGAAUGUUUCAAAUACGGAGGAAAUACAGGCUUUUCUAGAAGAAAGUGUUAAAGUAAAUUGUGAAGGUCUAAUGGUGAAAAUACUUGAUGGUGCGGAAUCAACCUAUGAACCUUCGAAAAGGUCGAGGAAUUGGUUAAAGUUAAAAAAAGACUAUCUCAGCGGUGUAGGAGACUCUUUAGACUUGGUUGUAAUAGGCGCAUUUUACGGGCGUGGAAAGCGUACAAAUGUUUAUGGCGCAUUCCUUCUCGCUUGUUAUGAUCCAGAAAAUGAUGAAUACCAGACUAUCUGUAAGAUUGGUACCGGAUUUUCCGAUUCUGAUCUAGAGACACAUUUUCAGUAUCUAAAAGAGAAAGAAAUGUCUGAACCCAAAAGUUAUUUUAAUUAUGACAAGGCAACCAAACCUGAUGUUUGGUUUGAACCUUGUCAAGUUUGGGAAGUCAAGACGGCAGAUCUUAGCAUCUCUCCAAUUUAUAAGGCGGCGAUAGGACAGGUUGAUUCAUCUAAGGGUGUGUCUUUACGGUUUCCUCGUUUCAUUCGAAUACGUGAUGAUAAAAAACCAGAAGACGCAACUACCAGUGAAGGGAUUGCAGAAAUGUAUCGAAAACAGUUUAAUAACAAUAACGAUAACGAUAUUGAAUAA